AUGGAGGAAACUGAACACAUUGCCCGUCGACUUGAUCGUAUGCUUAGAAAUAAAAAGAUAGAUGAUGAGUCUGCACUAAAGUAUCUCCGACGAUUGCGAAGCAUUGAGAUGACACUGGAUAUCUUGACUAAAACUGGUGUAGGGAUAAUCAUCAAUAAAAUAAGAAAGGAAUCUUCGGAUCCAGAAGUUGCUACACUUGGAAAGAACAUAAUCAAACAGUGGAAAAAAUUGGUGCCGGACAAAUGUGAAGCACCUACACCUUGCACCAACACCGCUGGCAGUUAUAAUAAUGGAGGCAAUGCUAACAUUAGUAACAGCAAACACUCACCCGAGUUGAAUAACUGCGUUGGUUCGGAUGAUGGAGGUCCACAAAAUGCCAAGCGACCCCGUAUAAUUGAGAAAAAAGAGUCAACUGAACCACCAAUAAACGCAAGUCGUGGUUUCUUUCCUGUGCAUACUUUGACUACAACUGAUCAAGUGCGUCUGAAAGCUCGAGAAAUGCUUCAGUCAGCACUAGAAAGUGGAAACAUCCCCAGUGGAGCCUACGAAAGUGAGUUCCUGGCAAUUCGAAUAGAAAGCGCCAUCUAUGACCUAUUCAACAAUACUGGUCCCAAAUACAAACAACGAGUGCGUACUCGAGUCAUGAAUUUGCGUGACUCUAACAAUCCUAAUUUACGACUCAAUGUCCUAAUGGGUCACGUAAGCCCAGAUAAAUUGGCGUCUAUGACAUCAGAAGAAAUGGCGAGUAAAGAAAUGAAAGAACUCCGUGAAAAAUACACUAAAGAAACAAUAGAAGAUCAUCAAAUGGCUGUUACUGGUGGAACAGAAACAGAUUUGUUACGAUGUGGAAAGUGUAAACAAACUAAGUGUACAUAUAAUCAGGUCCAAACUCGUAGUGCUGAUGAACCGAUGACAACUUUUGUCUAUUGUAACAAUUGUGGACACCGAUGGAAGGCUUUAAGUAUGCAGAUGAUAAUAUCCCCGUAUCAUAUUGAAUUGUUGGACAGCUGUGAGAACUCUGAUAGUCACGUUCAUUAUGCUAGUGAAUUCGAAUUCGAAUGA